AAGGGUUAAAAUGUUUGGUCGUCAAGUUGGACGCGUCGUUUUCAGAACUGCCUCGGUGGUAGUUCAACGGAGAUCUGUGUCAGCUUCGGUGCCGCAAAUGGUCAAGCUCGUGGCUCCAUCUGUAAAUUUCAUUCAAACUAGGGGAAGCAAAAUUGAAGUCUUCGGACCAUUCGACCCCCCAAAGCAACUCACAUUCAAACAGGUUGAAGAUCGUGUUUUGAAAGCAGUUCGCUCAUGGGAUCGUUUCCCAGCAGACAAGGAGUCACUUUUGAAGCUUGAUGCUGAUUUGAGCAAAGAUUUUGGAUUUGAUUCUCUGGAUCAGGUCGAAAUUGUGAUGGCACUGGAAGACGAAUUCGGAUUCGAGAUCCCACUUCAGGAUUCCGAUAAGUUCAAGACCAUUCGCGAUGCAUUCAAGUACAUUUGCGAGCGUGAGGAUGUAUACGAGUAGAUAAAUGACAGGAUUCAACAAUUUUUUUUUGUAUUUUUGUGUGUAACUAAACAUUUCAAUUUUAUCCAUUUUUGUCCCAUUUGUCGUCAUUUCACAAACCCUUUACUAGGAGAAUUUUACGCCGAUAAAUUAGUUGAUUU